AUGAGCCGCCGCUACUCAGAAACCACAGAAGAAGAAGAAGAGACUAAUCAGGACCAGAUGGUUUCACUCAGAGCGAGAGAUGAAAAGAGAGGAAGAGUUUGUAAAAAAGAAGACGAGUGCAGCUCCACCAGGCGCUCCGCCAGCAGCUCCUCCUUCCUGUUCGUGAACACGUCGGGGCGUUACGGCGGUCAGCGCGCUCAGCUGCUGCUGCCGCCGCUCAAAGAGAACGACACGCACUGCGUCAGCUUCCUGUUCUACCAGGCGGGAGGCCGCGAGGGCGCCACGCCCGCCACGCUCAACGUCUACAUCAAAGAGAACAACAGUCCUCUGGGAGUUCCUGUCUUUAACUCGUCAGGCCCCGCCUACCACAUCUGGAAAGGGGUGGAGCUAGCCGUGUCCACCUUCUGGCCCAAUUACUACCAGGUGGUGUUCGAGGCGGUCAGCACCGGUCAGAGAGGGGUCCUGGCCAUCAAGGACAUCACGCUGCAGGGACACCAGUGUAUGAGCACGCCUCACUUCCUGCACAUCAAAGGCGUGGAGGUGAACGCAGGACAGACGGCGGCGUUUCACUGCACCGUCAACGGACGACCGCAGAACAACCUGCUGCUCUACCUACAGGGUAUGGGGGGCCGUCUGGCGGGGGUCCGGGACAUGAAGCCGGUGAACUCUCGGCGCUACGUGUCGAGCUUCGACGUGGAGAACACGACUAAAGGAGACUCAGGACGCUACCGCUGCAUCGCCCAAUCAGAGAGAGGCGUGGGCGUGUCCUCCUACGCUGACCUCACCGUCAAACAACCCCCCGUACCGAUCGCCCCCCCCCAGCUGACGGCGGUGGGCGCCACCUACCUGUGGAUCCAACUCAACGCCAACUCCAUCAACGGAGACGGGCCCAUCAUCGAGAGGGAGGUGGAGUACCGGACCAUGUCGGGGAUGCUGAUCGACACCACGCCGGUGGACAAGCCGACCCAUAAGAUCGGACACUUGGACCCGGACACCGAGUACGAGAUUAGCGUGCUGCUCACCCGGCCCCUGGAUGGAGGCACGGGAAACCCCGGGCCCCCGCUCAGAGCCAGGACCAAGUGUGCAGACCCGAUGCACGGCCCGCGGCGCCUGGAGGUGGUGGACGUCCAGUCCAAGCAGGUGACGCUGCGCUGGGAGCCGUUCGGAUACAACGUGACGCGCUGCCACAGCUACAACCUGACGGUGCAGUACCGCUACAGACCUGCAGGGGCCGCCAGCAGCGAGCCCGUGAAGGAGGAGGUGGUGUACGACACGCUGAGCGCCGCGCCGCAACACGUCGUCCGUAACCUGCCGCCGUUCACCAACGUCAGCCUGCGACUCGUCCUCAGCAACCCCGAGGGACGCAAGGAGAGCGAGGAGCUGCUGGUGCUGACGGACGAGGACGUUCCCGGAGCGGUUCCGGUGGAGUCGAUCCUCGGCAGCAGCUACGAGCAGCAGAUCAGCCUGAGCUGGAGGGAACCGCUGCAGACGUACGGCCUCAUCCGCCAGUACGAGAUCUCCUACAAAGCCCUGAGCUCCUUCGACACCGAGUUCGAUCUGUCCAAUCAGAGCGGGAAGGUGUUCAAACCGGCCAAUGAGACGAGCCACGUGUUCUCCGGCCUCUACCCCGGCUCCACCUACUCCUUCACAAUAAAAGCCUCCACCAUCAAAGGCUUCGGCCCGCCCGUCAUCACACAGGUCACCACCAAGAUCUCAGCUCCUCUGAUGCCAGCCUAUGACCAGGAGUCUCCUCUCAACCAGACUGACUCCAGCGUUACAGUUUUGCUGAAACCAGCUCAGAGUCGCGGAGCUCCAGUCAGUAAGUACCAGGUGGUGGUGGAGGAGGAGCGCCCCCGCAGGCAGGCCAGAGGUACUGCAGAGAUCCUGCGCUGCUAUCCCGUCCCCAUCCACUUCCAGAACGCCACGCUGCUCAACUCGCAGUAUUACUUCAGCGCCGAGCUGCCGAUGAGCGAGCUGAGGGCGCCCACGCCGUUCUGCAUCGGUGAUAACAGGACCUACAGUGGCUACUGGAACGCUCCUCUGCUGCCUCAUAAGAGCUACGGGAUCUACUACCAGGCUGUUAGCACCGCUAACGGGGAGACAAAGAUCGACUGUGUGCGGGUGGCCACUAAAGCUGCUAUAAUCGUGACCCAGCUCACCACGCCGUACGUUCGCGUCGCCCCGGCAGCCGGAGACAAGCAGCUCCCAGGAGCGGCGACCAGGAAGCCGGAGCCGGAGCAGGAGAAGCAGUCGGACCACACGGUGAAGAUCGCCGGGGCCAUCGCCGGCAUCCUGCUCUUCAUCAUCAUCUUCCUCGGAGUCGUCCUGCUGAUGAAGAAACGACGGAGAAAUUAUCACUCCUACACUUACUACCUGAAGUUGGCGAAGAAGAGGAAGGAAACGCUGAGCUCCAGACAGGAAAUGACUCUGAUGGUCAACAGCUCCCAACACACAACCAUGGUGGACACACACACACACACACUGAACGGACGCACUGUGUCGUCUCCGUCCUCCUUCACCCUGAAGACAAACACCAUCAGCACCACCGUCCCCAACUCCUACUACCCAGAUCCUUUCGUUCCGACGGCAAUUCUGGACGACUCCCACACCAUGACCAGUGAGACCAGUAGCCUGGUCCAGUCCCACUACCAGCAGCGGGAGGCGGAGCGCUACCAGACGGGGCAGCUGCACCCGGCCAUCCGCGUGGCCGACCUGCUGCAGCACAUCACACAGAUGAAGUGUGCCGAAGGGUACGGGUUCAAGGAGGAGUACGAGAGCUUCUUCGAGGGACAGUCGGCUCCCUGGGACUCCGCCAAGAAGGACGAGAACCGCAUGAAGAAUCGCUACGGCAACAUCAUCGCCUACGACCACUCUCGUGUGCGUCUGCAGCCUCAGGACGGAGAGAACGGCUCCGACUACAUCAACGCCAACUACGUAGACGGAUACCACAGACCCAACCACUACAUCGCCACGCAAGGUCCCAUGCAGGAGACUGUGUAUGAUUUCUGGAGGAUGGUUUGGCAGGAGAACACCGCUGCCAUUGUCAUGGUAACCAACCUGGUGGAGGUGGGGCGGGUGAAGUGCUGUAAGUACUGGCCAGACGAUACGGAGAUCUACGGCGACAUGAAGGUGACGCUGAUCGAGACUCAGCUGCUGUCAGAGUACGUGAUCCGGACCUUCGCUGUGGAGAAGAGGGGCGUGGCCGAGAUCAGGGAGAUCCGGCAGUUCCAUUUCACCGGCUGGCCGGAUCACGGCGUGCCGCUUCACGCCACGGGGCUGCUGGGAUUCAUCCGCCGCGUCAAGGCCAAGACUCCGCCCACCGCCGGGCCCACCGUGGUCCACUGCAGUGCGGGGGCGGGGCGUACAGGUUGUUUCAUCGUGAUUGACAUCAUGCUGGACAUGGCGGAGAGAGAGGGCGUGGUCGACAUCUACAACUGUGUCAGAGAGCUGAGAGCACGAAGGGUCAACAUGGUUCAGACUGAGGAGCAGUACGUGUUCAUCCAUGACGCCAUCCUGGAGGCGUGUCUCUGCGGCGACACGGCGAUCCCGUCCAAUCAGCUGCGAUCAGUUUACUACGAGAUGAACCGAUUGGAUCCUCAGACCAACUCCAGCCAGAUCAAAGAGGAGUUCAGGACUCUGAACAUGGUGACGCCCACGCUGCGGGUGGAGGACUGCAGCAUCGCUCUGUUGCCGAGGAACCACGAGAAGAACCGCUGCAUGGACGUUCUGCCUCCGGACCGCUGCCUGCCGUUCCUCAUCACCAUCGACGGCGAGAGCUCCAACUACAUCAACGCCGCGCUGAUGGACAGCUACAAGCAGCCGUCGGCGUUCAUCGUCACGCAGCAUCCUCUGCCCAACACCGUCAAGGACUUCUGGCGCCUCGUCCUCGACUACCACUGUACCUCCAUCGUCAUGCUGAACGACGUGGACCCCGCACAGCUGUGUCCUCAGUACUGGCCAGAGAACGGGCUGCACCGUCUCGGUUCUCUGCAGGUGGAGUUCGUGUCGGCAGAUCUGGAGGAAGACGUCAUCAGCCGCAUCUUCAGGAUCUACAACACAGCCAGGCCCCAGGACGGGUACCGGAUGGUGCAGCAGUUCCAGUUCCUGGGCUGGCCCAUGUACCGGGACACGCCGGUCUCCAAGCGCUCCUUCCUCAAACUGGUCCACCAGGUGGACAAAUGGCAGGAGGAGUACGACGGAGGAGAGGGACGCACCGUGGUCCACUGCCUGAACGGAGGAGGUCGUAGUGGAGUGUUCUGCAGCAUCAGUAUUGUGUGUGAGAUGUUGCGUCAACAACGUUGUGUUGAUGUUUUUCACGCCGUCAAAACGUUGAGAAACAACAAACCCAACAUGGUGGAUCUACUGGUAAAUAAACAACAACAACAA